GCUGUGGCUGGAGGCGGGUGGUAGCUGAUGCUGCAGGCCUCCGUCUGGGCUGGCUCACGAUGGAGGCCACUGCGGGGAGCGAGACGGAGAGUGGCGGAGACACGGUCACAGCGGAGUGCGCGAACAGGAUCCCGGUGCCAAGACCUCCCUCCAUUGAGGAAUUCACCAUAGUAAAACCCAUUAGCCGUGGCGCUUUUGGGAAGGUGUAUCUCGGGCAGAAAGGCGGCAAGUUGUAUGCUGUGAAGAGAGAGAGAGAGGCAGAGACAAGGCAGAGACAUAGGCAGAGGGAGAAGCAGGCUCCAUGCACCGGGAGCCCGACGUGGGAUUCGAUCUCCGGUCUCUGGUCUCCGGUCUCCAGGAUCGCGCCCUGGGCCAAAGGCAGGCGCCAAACCGCUGCGCCACCCAGGGAUCCCUCUUUUUUUUUUUCUGACAGUUUCUUGAUGGUUGUCAAAAAAGCAGAUAUGAUCAACAAAAAUAUGACUCAUCAGGUACAAGCUGAGAGGGAUGCACUAGCACUAAGCAAAAGUCCUUUCAUUGUCCAUUUGUACUAUUCACUACAGUCAGCAAACAAUGUCUACUUGGUAAUGGAAUAUCUUAUUGGUGGAGAUGUCAAGUCUCUCCUACAUAUAUAUGGUUACUUUGAUGAAGAGAUGGCCGUGAAAUAUAUUUCUGAAGUAGCCUUGGCUCUGGACUAUCUUCACAGACAUGGAAUCAUCCACAGGGAUUUGAAACCAGACAAUAUGCUUAUUUCAAAUGAAGGUCAUAUUAAACUAACAGAUUUUGGGCUUUCCAAAAUUACUUUGAAUAGAGAUAUCAAUAUGAUGGAUAUCCUUACAACACCGUCAAUGGCUAAACCUAGACAAGAUUAUUCAAGAACCCCAGGACAAGUGUUAUCUCUCAUCAGCUCUUUAAGAUUUUACACACCAGCUGCAGAAAAAAACAAAGACUCUGCAAAUAUUCUUUCAACCCAUGUAUUUGAAACAUCACAGCUUUCUCAAGGACUAAUUUGUCCCAUGUCUGUAGAUCACAGGGAUACCACUCCUUAUUCUAGCAAACUACUACACUCAUGUCUUGAAACAGUUACCUCCGAUCCUGGGAUGCCUGUGAAGUGCCUGACGUCUAAUCUACUGCAGUCCAGGAGAAGGCUGGCUACAUCAAGUGCCAGCAGUCAGAGCCACACCUUCCUGUCCAGUGUGGAGUCUGAGUGCCACAGCAGUCCCAGAUGGGAAAAGGACUGCCAGGAAAGUGAUGAUGCACUGGGCUCUACAGUGAUGAGUUGGAAUAUAAUAGAAAAGCCUUCGUGUACAAAAUCUACCGAUGCCAUUGAGACAAAAGGUUUCAAUAAAAAGGAUUUUGAAUUAACCCUUUCUCCUAUUCAUAACAGCAGUAUCAUUCCUGCGACUGGAAGCUCUUGUGUAAACCUGGCUAAAAAAUGCUUCCCUGGAGAAGUUUCUAGGGAAGCAAGAGAACUGGACAUAAAUAAUGUUAAUGUGGCCACUGACACCACCCGGUGUGGUUUCCAUCAAUCGGAUCAGUGGGUUGUGGAUCCCAGUGAUGGGACUGAAGAAUACUGUGGAAAAAGAGGUUUUAAAAGAAAUUCUGAGUUAGUUGACUCUAGUCCUUGUCAGCACAUCAUACAGAAUAAAAAAAAUUGUAUAGAGCAUAAGUCUAGAAAUGAAAAAAGUAAUGGUUAUAUAAAUCAAAGGACAAGCUUAACCAAUGAAGUCCAAGACCUGAAGCUAUCGGUAUGUGAAAGUCAACAAAGUGACUGUGCCAAUAAGGAGAACAUGGUCAAUUCUUCCAUUGAUAAACAACAAACCCCAGAAAAAUCACCUAUCCCAAUGAUAGCAAAAAACCUUAUGUGUGAAUUGGAUGAAGAUUGCAACAAGAAUAAUAAGAAGUUCUUAAGUUCUAGCUUUCUGGGUUCUGAUGAUGAGAGAGCUUCUAAAAGUAUCUGUAUGGACUCUGAUUCAUCUUUUCCUGGAAUUUCUAUAAUGGAAAGUUCAUUAGAAAGGCAGUCCUUAGAUCCAGAUAAAAGCAUCAGAGAAUCUUCUUUUGAAGAAUCAAACAUUGAAGACCUACUUGCUGUAUCACCCAGCUGGCAAGAAAAUCCCUUGCCAAAAGAUGAUGAGAAUCCAGCUGUCCAAGCCAGUAGCCAAAAAAUGUUAGCUUCGUCUUCUGAUGUGUUAAAAACAUUAACCUUAUCUAAAAGAAAUGCAGUAGCUUUUCGAAGUUUUAAUAGUCAUAUUAAUGCGUCCAAUAACUCAGAACCAUCCAAAAUGAGUGUUACCUCUUUAGAUGCAAUGGAUAUUUCUUGUGUUUAUAGUGGUUCAUAUCCCAUGGCUAUAACCCCUAGCCAAAAAGGAAUAUCCUAUGUGCCAUAUCAGACCCCAAAUCAGGUCAAAUCAGAAACUCCAUACCGAACUCCAAAGAGUGUAAGGCGAGGGGCGGCCCCAGUAGAUGAUGCGCGAAUUCUUGGAACCCCGGACUACCUUGCUCCUGAGCUGUUACUGGGCAGGGCCCAUGGUCCUGCGGUCGACUGGUGGGCACUUGGAGUUUGCUUGUUUGAGUUUCUUACAGGAAUUCCUCCUUUCAAUGAUGAAACAUCACAGCAAGUAUUCCAGAAUAUUCUGAAAAGAGAUAUCCCUUGGCCUGAAAGUGAAGAAAAGUUAUCAGAUAAUGCUCAAAAUGCAGUAGAAAUACUUUUAACUAUUGAUAAUGCAAAAAGAGCUGGAAUUAAAGAGCUGAAAUGUCAUCCUCUCUUCAGUGACGUGGACUGGGAAAAUCUGCAGCAUCAAACUAUGCCUUUCAUACCUCAACCAGAUGACGAAACAGAUACAUCCUAUUUUGAAGCCAGGAAUAAUGCUCAGCAUCUGACCGUAUCUGGAUUUAGUCUAUAGCACAUCAUCAGUUUUCCCUUUAAUCUAAUCUUGUCUUACAGAAUAUGCUAGCAUAAUUAUAUACACCUUCAGAGUCGACUGAUCGAAGGGGGAAAAAGAAUCAUUACAUUACUUGGAUCAAUGAGUUUUCAGUGUAUAUUACAGCUUCCACACAGUUAAAAGUCUAUCAAGAUAACAAUCAGUACUUAUCUUAAUCUCAGAGUUGUAUAUAGAUCUUUAGAACCUUUUUCACUUUAUUUAUUUUGUUACUGCACUUUAUGAAAAGUAAUGCAUCAAUAAAAAUAAAAUGACACUACUCCGUUA